AAUCUAAAACAUUAGUUAUUCAAUGUAGCAACCGGGUAUCGCCCGGGUCAGACACUAGUUUACUAUUGAAAACCCGUACUGAAACCGAACUGUACCAAAAAAAAUUUAGGUAAUUAUUUAACCGGUUAACGUACUGUCGCCAAGUUUUAUGGGCCAAUAUCAACUGCUAUUUUGUCCAACACUCGCUUAGAGGCCCGUACCAACCCCUACAAGUUUUACAAUAUUUUAUCUAACAAAAUGACGAGGCAACACAACUAAAUCUCAAUGCCAUACUCACCCAUCGCCAAAACAAACACUCGUCUCAUCCCUCGUGGAGUCGUGGUGGAUAUACAAUUUUCCCCAUUUCCGUUCCAUCACUCAUCAAACGAUUCAAUUCAAACCUCCACAACUGCACCAUUCCUAUUUAAUAUUAAUUGUCUGUUGGUUCAGUGGUGAUUGAGGCUGAACUUGGUAGGGAGAACUCGUGUUCGAUCCCCCGCAACAACAAUUGGGAGGGGACUAAAACCUAUCUACCCAGAACUCUCCCCGAAUCCGAAUUAGCCCUGAGGGUGAACCGGGUUCUAACACCAAAAAAAACCAUCCCUACUUAAUUGGAUGGGUCAUGGAUGCGGGGCGGGUCUCCACAAAGCCUAGAUAUCCUAGCUCCAACACCAAAACGGACAGUUCACUGAAUUUGGGAGGCAGACAUUAGACAUAAGUACUGAAUUUGGAAGUGAGAAAGCCCAAGUAGAAAGAAAGAGACAACUUCUCCUUACAAUUUAACCCAUAUACCACUCCAACACAAAUCCUCCUUCCUACCUUUCUUCUCCCUCUAAUCUCUAUCAUCUCCUUCAGACUUUGCACUGCAAUUGUUUUCCCUGAUUUCAUCUUUCGGGUGCAAUCUUUUCAUGGUUGUUAUCGGGCAUUAUUCAUGGGAGCUCAGAAGAGCAUCCAUGCUGGUAAAGCCAAAAUUGAUGUCAAUGUUGAUUUGAGUCACAAGCUAUGCGCUGCUUUGAUGCUCCCACAUUUCAGGAAUUCUGGAGGUCCUCUUUCAUUAGUUAUUGGGAGUUUAUGCAUCAAGCACCCUAAUUUAUUUGGUGGGAGUGAGAAGCUUGAUGUGUUUUGGGACAAGGGAUUGUAUGACACAAAUGUUGUGGUGGCCUAUAGGAGGCCCAGACCUGAAUGGCUUCCUCAGCAGUCUAUUGUGCUUCAGCAUUCUAUUGCACCUGAGAUAGGAGUUCAUGGUUUGCCCGUCGAUAACUUCUCACAAUCUGGGAGUGGGAGUGUGAAUCUCUGUCGCUCUUCCGUGGGUUUAGAACUGAGCGAGCCAGCUAGCUCCAAUUGGAGCAGUACGACCAGUGUAAAAUUUGAGCAUGUGCGCCCUAUGAAUGAUGAGGGACGCCCUAUAAACCGAGAUCUUGAUGGUUUUCCGGUGACUUGCAGUGGAGCUUCCCAUGAUAGCAUGGUGGUUCUGAAGCAAGAAACUCGUUAUGCCAGGGCAAAUGAUAAAUUCUUUAGUCGUUUCAGCUUGCAGAUAGAACAAGGAAUUCCAAUUUUGUAUAAAUGGCUUGUUUUUAACCGAUUCAAGUUUGUUGGCACUAAGGGUAUCAAGCUUGGGCCUUCUUUUCUAUUGACAAGUAUCACUGGAGGUUCCAUUGUGGGGGAUAUGGCUCCUUACCAAGCAUUUGCUAUUGGUGGUCUUGGUAGUGUUAGAGGGUAUGGUGAAGGUGCUGUUGGAACUGGAAGAUCAUGUUUGGUUGCCAACAGUGAAUUGACUUUCCCGUUAAGCAAAAUGUUUGACGGUGCAAUAUUCUUAGAUUACGGAUCUGAUCUGGGUUCUGGUCGGCAUGUUCCUGGAAACCCAGGGUUGAGACAAGGCAAACCAGGAAGUGGAGUUGGGAUAGGAUAUGGCUUACGGUUCAAAUCACCAUUUGGUCACUUCCAGGUUGAUUAUGCUAUGAAUAGUUACCAACAGAGAACUGUCUACUUUAACGUCACCAACGUAUCUUCAUGAACGCGCCUUUUGAAGAAUUUCCUGAGCUGAGAUUUGCAGUAUUUUUUAGUUUCCUGAUAUCUUCACCUACCAUGUACAAGAUGUUGACGAUUCAUGACGGUCGCAUGAAAUACAAGACUUGCUUUCAUCAUCAAGUGAUCUUUCCAUUGACACGAAUCUCGGAUGCAGGAAACUGAAAUGGAAUUUCUACUUGGUUGUCUCUCUCUUUCCCAGUUUUGAUUCUCUCUCUCUCCCAAGGCUCAAUUUGAUCUUUAAUUUACUAAGACAAGACAAAUGUAAAUUCCAUACAUAUUCAGUACAAAAUUCUUUGAGAAUGUAAUUUCAUUCUCUACUCA